AUGGACGCCGGUGAAGUAAAACGGCGGAAACAAGCCGCGAGAGGGACACCAGGGAAAACAGAUGCCCGAAACACAGGUUCAGAGGCCGAUGCACCAUCUCCAGAGGCGAUACUUUGUAACACAGUCCAGUGUACAGAGAAAGCCAUUGCCACAAGUAGAGAGAAAGCAGAUUCGGGAAGCAGUUCUGGUACAGAUGGUACAAAGGAAGCAAGUGAUAGUAAGGAGAGGACUAUAGAAAGCAGGGAGAGGGCUGGUAAAUGGUCCUCCUCAUCCUCCUCAGGGACCGGUAAAAGAAAGCAGCGCCGUUAUCGGACUACCUUUACUAACCUGCAGCUGGAAGAGCUGGAAAGGGCUUUCCGGAAGUCCCACUAUCCCGAUGUUUUCACCAGAGAAGAUCUGGCCAUGAGGCUGAACCUAACAGAAGCUAGAGUACAGGUUUGGUUUCAGAACCGAAGGGCAAAGUGGAGGAAACGUGAGAAAACAGACAUAAUGAGCAGCGUC